AUGGUUCGGGUGACCUUUGAGGUGGUCGGAUUUCUAGUGAGCCAGACUAAUCUCAAAUUACGACUGGCCUGGAUAGAUACCAGGAGCGCAGAGAGAGAGCUCAGCGCACAGUCUAUGGAUUCUGGUCCAAAGAGAGCUUAUCUGCCUGGUCUAGAGUGGAUGUGGUUUGGAAAGGCGAGAGAUGGAUGCGGAAACAAAGAUAUUCCGGGGAUUACUCAGAAUGAUGUCUUGGCAUCUGGGAAGUAUAGACUGAAAGAUAUACGUACCAGACUCCAACUGCAUCUUUCCACAACAAUACCGAGGCAAUCAUGA